GCUCGCGGGUCGCUGCUCUAAGAGAAUUUCUCAGCAGCAGGUGAGAGGUGUCGCACACAGCUGUCCUCUGAUUCAACAGUUGGAUGCUCAACCUUAGAAUAUUCAUCGCGAAGUGGAAAUAACUUUUCACUGCUCUUUUAGGUGUUUGAAAACUUAGAAAAAUGUCUGGAUUUUUCCAAAUGUUGAGCAAGAAAAAGGAGCUGAUCCCUCUGAUAGGGUUCAUGGCUUUUGCUGCAACAGGAGCCACCUCUGCUGCUCUCUACUUUCUGUUUACUAAACCUGAUGUUAUUUUGAAUAAGACCAGAAACCCAGAACCAUGGGAAAGAGUGGACCCAUCAAAACCCCAAAAGCUUAUCACCAUCAAUCAGCAGUGGAAACCCGUGGAGGAGCUGGAGCUGGUGAAGCGCCUCACCAAGUAAAAAAAAAACAAAACAAGGUGGGCAUCUCCUAUAAAGAGUCUGACAAGCUGCCUGCCCCCCAUCAGUCUAACAGAAUCCUUUCUGCACAAACUAGGAUGCUUUGACAAACAGUGUGCGGAAAUGCUUCUGCUCAACUGGUGGGGUUUUACCCUGCUCUGUGGUGACCCGUCUCAAGGACAUCCAUCCACAUCGACAUCAGAAAAACAUGGAAACAGAUAUUCAUACUGCCUUAAAGUCUGUAACAGAAAAAGUAGAAUAAACAUCAUCUGCGUUUCUUUGACUGCAGCAAGAAAGAAUGUGUUAUUAAAUAGGUUGUUGUGGUUUAUUUCACAAAGAGGCCAGAUGUCAUGCUGACAUGGAGGCUGGUUGUCAUAGCAACCCAGAUGUCCGAACUGUAUAUGUGAGUGUACAAGUGUCUAAACAUUAAAGAUACAGAAUGUAAACGCAAAGUAUUGUACUGUACAGUGUCAAUAAAUUAUUGUUGUCAACAUGC